AUGGAAGAGGAAAGAAACAAACUGCAGACUCUCUCCGAGGCCCUGCAAAAGUUACAGGACGAUUUACAGACCACGAUCGAAGCGCGACAGAAACUCGAAGCCCAGCAGCAGGAAAACAAGGCUGUUCAGAAGGAGUUUGCAACCUUGAGCGACCAGGCUGGGAUUUACAAACUUGUCGGCCCUGUGUUGCUGAAGCAGGACAGAACCGAAGCUGUGGGUGCUGUGGACGGUCGACUGGAAUUCAUUGGCAAAGAGAUCAACCGAACUGAAGGCAGGAUCAAAGAGUUACAAGAUGGUGCUGAGAAAAAGAGAGUAGCAUUGCUACAACUGCAGCAAAAGCUCCAGAUGGCUGCGCAGGAACAGGCAAGUGGUUGA